AUGUUUUAGCGCACGUGUUCAAGUACAAUGGGACUUUGCAAAUGUGCGAAAAAAAAAGUAACAAGUUUAUUUUGUUUCGAACAUCGAGUCAACGUUUGCGAGUAUUGUUUAGUGGAGAAUCAUUGCAAGUGUGUUGUUCAAAGCUAUCUGUCGUGGUUGGCAGAUAGUGAUUAUGAUACGAACUGUGCUCUGUGUUCCACACCAUUAGAAUCCAAGGAAACUGUUCGCUUGAAAUGUUUACAUCUGUUCCACUGGGAAUGUUUAGAUGCAUGGGCACGUCGUUUACCAGGAAAUACAGCCCCAGCUGGCUAUAAGUGUCAGCAGUGUCAGGAGGGUAUAUUUCCAGCUCCUAACCAAGCAUCACCAAUUAUUGAACGCCUACAAGCCACGUUGCAGAAGGCAAAUUGGGCUCGAGCUGGUCUUGGAUUAUCCUUGUUGCCAGAACUUAACAAUUCGCCAGCACCUGCGUCAUUCAUUCCGUCGAUGAUAACACAACCUGUAAAUGAACCGCAGAAUUAUCCGAAUGAACACGAUUCUUUGAAUGAAACGAACCUUAACGUUGGCAGUAUUCGGAAUAAUACACCAACAACAGUGGUUAAUGUAGAUGGCGAGUAUAGCCAACAGGAACAACAUCAAUUUACUGCGAGAAAACCUACAAAUAUGAGUGAAAAUAAUUAUGUGGUCACAAAUCCUCUGCUGCUUUCAAAAGAUCGUGAUGAAGAUUUGCCGGAAAACAAAUAUAAACGAAGAUCAGCUAGUGAGUGGCUAAAUCGCUGGUUUAGAUCACGAUACGGAAGGCGUCCUAUCUUUGAUCCUCGUGCAAAGUGCAAGCGUGGAAUUUUCUGCAUUAUAAUUUGUAUUAUAAUAGUUAUGACAAUAUUUACCGUACUUUCACGCUUGAUGAGUAAUCGAUCUAAUGACGAUCCAGCUUUCAAUCCUCUCGCUAAUCCAAACAUUCGUAUUGCAUUUCCGGAACAUAGUCAGUAAUAUUACUUGUGAUGGUUUUUAUUUUUUAUGAAGUGUUUUUACUCAAAGCAAUUAUUGAUAAAGGCUAAAUAUUCAGAAGAUAGAAGAAGAGGAG